UGUACAAUAUGACGAACGAUUGGGGGCUGAUUUGUGAAAGAGAUUCUAGGCGUUUGCGACCAAGGAAAAAAGGUCGCCCAUGAUGAGCAGGAUGGAAUCGUCGAACGCUUUCCAAGUUCAGGCAAGGGAAGGAAAACAAGGGGCCAAUAGAGGAGGGUCAGGAGGAGACACGGAAACGUGCGCACGAUUAAUAAGAAAUCCAUCGCCCCAGCUGCCUGCUGCCGACUGCCGUGUGCCGACGAGAGAUAGCGCUCGAGAGAGAAGAAGAAUAUGCAGCAGGAUCAGACGACGAGCUCGCUGCCCUCCAGCAGCGAGCGUUCCUCCAGCUCGGCGCCGCAGACGGAGGAGGCCAGAGAAGGGAUGGAGAGCGACGAGGAGAUCAGGCGGGUGCCGGAGGUCGGGCUGGAGCUGGCCACCGGCCCGUCGACGUCCGGCAGGGAGACCGCCGGCGCCGCUGCCGCUGCCGCUGCCGGAGCCGGGACGUCGUCCGAUCGCGGCCAGUCGUCGUCGGCCGCGGCCCAGGCGGCCAGCUCCGCCCGCCGCAGCGGCCGCAGCCCCGCCGACAAGGAGCACCGGCGCCUCAAAAGGUUGCUUCGGAACCGGGUGUCGGCGCAACAGGCGCGGGAGAGGAAGAAGGCGUACCUGAGCGAGCUGGAGGUGAGGGUGAACGACCUGGAGAAGCGCAACUCGGAGCUGGAGGAGAGGCUCUCCACGCUGCAGAACGAGAACCAGAUGCUCAGACAGAUCCUGAAGAACACCACUGUCAACAGAAGAGGGCCGGGGGGUGGUAGCAGUGCCGGCGGAGACAGCCAAUAGCUUGGCCUCUACAUGCAAGACCGGAACCGGUUGCAUUUCGAAGAAAGCAGCAGCAGGAAAUACCUCCUGAAUCCUGAUAGCUGAGUCUGAAACUCUGAAUUGGCUGCUCGCUUAGCUAGGCCAUUUAUCUGAUCGAUUAAGUCUGUUGUUUAGAUGAAAAUCUUAUAUCCUGCAGGGACUGUGCUGCGUCUGCAUGUGUUCAAUGUAGCCUCCUUGCUAGGUGUAUGUAACAGUGUCCAAUGUAGCCUCCUUGCCGGCCAAAAUGUAAUUUGCAAUUCUGGCCGUACACGCGAAGAUUGUUCGUGAGACGGCAUGGGCCAUGGACGCAUUGCGUGGUGCAACUGUAAUAUAAGAUUCAGGAACGGCCUCCGAUUUAUGAA